ACUACUGUACUCUCGGUCGGCACCGCGGCACCCCCGUCACCCGUGCAUUAGGCUCGAAUAGGAUUAGUCUCCAGAGCCGCUGUUUUCGAGAGGCCGCUGACCAGUAUCCACGCAGAUUCUUAUUUCACUCCAUUUAUGGGUAUGAUGGGCCGAAUUCCACCCGCCGCGUGUCCUUUAAUGAUUUCCCCACUUCCCGUGUAAGAAGCUACGAAGGCCCAUCAUAUUUCAAUGGAGCCUGUUCAUCGGUCGGGCGCCGCGAGAUCUAAAGGCCUCCCGGGUCACGGACUAACGCACCUUCGCCUGUCGAACCAUUUCGUGGUAACGGAUACUAGUACUGCAAGUGUAUUUUUAAGUACGUCUCUAUGUUCGUCGCAGGGGGCCGCGUCGCGCUGGAUCUUAAAAUCCGCCACGUGUCGCCUGCUAGCCCUGCUGGUCCUCCCCGCGCUGCUCGCCCUCCAUUCGCUCAUCUCCAGCCGGACACAGGAAGGUUCCUCGCAGGUUCUAGAUGCGAGACUAGGUGCAGCAGGUGCAGCGUCUACCCUAGCAUCAGCGGGUGCGGAUACUGGGGUCACGGCCACAGCAUCCGAUGCUGCCGCUUCUAGAGGACGGAUGGCCUCUUGGGCUCACCCAUCCUUGGACAGCAGCAGCAGCGGCAGCAGUGGCAUUGGCGGCGGUGGCAGCAGCAGGAGCAGCGAUGGCGAGCGUGGCUCUGUGGAGCAGCAGCAGCAGGAGCAGCAGCAGCAGCAGCAAGGAGAAGGGCGAGUAGGAAGCAGGCUUUCACAGGAAGAACAGCAGAUAUCAGGCACACAUUCGGCCCCCUUCACAGUUCAACCAGCAUCGGCAGCAUCAUUAGGCGUACAUCCAGGGCACUCUCGAGACCUCGCCUAUGCUUCAGAAAGCAGCAGUUUUGAUGAUGGUGGUGCUGCGGCCGAGAGUCUGCAGCAGCAGCCGAAGCAGCAGGGGCAGGAGGGGGAGCAGCAGCAGCAGCAGCAGCAGGGGCAGGAGGAGCAGGGUUCGGAGCGGUUCUACAGGGUGACGGGCGAGGGCGACUACUGCGCGGGCGAGUCGCAUUGGAAGUGGAGCUUCCUGUGCGCCGCAGCCGAGGCCCGCCUGCUCAACCGCACGCUCGUGCUGCCCCUCGCACGGUGCCUGAGCGGGCGGCACACGUUGUCACAUGUGACAGAGGAGAAGCCCAUGGCGCUCUAUUACCGCAUGGACCACUGGCCGCGCAUCCAGCCCAUAAUGCUGGAUCUUCAGUUCGAGCUGAGGUUCGGCUCUCUCAAUGCGACAAUCCUUCGGACCCACCACAACAUGAGCGUGCGUGGGUUUCAAGCGCGCGAGCCCACCAGCCGGCUGGAGACUGCGGAGGCACGCGCCGCCACGCUGGUCGUGCGCAAUGCGUUCUUCGCGUAUGAGAUCUGCACGCCGAGAGAGAAUGCGAAGCGCCUGGUGCGCAACUACAACCUGAUCCAGCGGCCCAAGUACCUGUGGCGAGUGGCGGAGGCCAUCCGGCGCAGCAUGGGGUUUGACUUCGACAGCGUGCACGUGCGGCGCGGCGACAAGCUGAACCGCCACUUCUGGCCGCACCUUGACCGGGACACGCGGCCCGACGCCCUGCUCAGGACUCUUCCUCGGUUCAUCCAGCCGGGGCGCCACGUGUACAUAGCGUCGAACGAGCGCACUCCUGGGUUCUUCAGCCCGCUCUCCUCGCUCUACAAGAUCCACGUGCUCUCCGACUACCGCCACCUCUGGGCGCCCGGCAGCGACUGGUACACGGAGUGCUGGGAGCUCAUGCAGAGGCACCGAAUCAAACUCGGGGCCAAGCCAGUCUUUGACGCACAAAUGCAGUGGAUCGUGGAUGAAAUUCUGAUGAGUCAGGCAAAGAAGAGAGUGGAGACAUUCUUUGACCUCACCAAUGACACAAGGCACGCUGUGUAAGGACUUGUCACACACAAGAGCGCUGGUUCUAAUGUAUAACUGUGAAUAUUUUACAUAAGUUAAAGCCUACAGUUAGUCUUUCGCAUGUCACAACGGCCUGGGACUGAAGAAUAUUUGUUGAAGGAUGUUCGAAGUUACGUUUACUAU